AUGGCUCGCCUGUAUGCUAAGCUGUUUUCCUUUCUUGCAUACUGCAUCAGGUUGCUGGAUCGCAACAGCGCUGUCAGAAUGUUGAAGACAUUUUGUAAUCCAACCGAAGUUGCAGCAAAACUGAAGGAAAUAGGAAACUUGGAGACUCAAGUCACGACAGAGGCCAAUGUUUGUCAAGGCACCAUCGCAGAAUCCGCCUUCCAAAACAUGGACGAAAAUUCUCGGGAUACCCGACAAAAGCUCAGAGACAUGUCGUCAAGUUUUGACGGCCAGAUGGAACAGCUUUGGAAGCAUCUUAAUGAAGAUGAGAGGUGCAAGAUUCUGCAGUGGGUGUCGGAUAUCCCGUACGAAAGUGACCAUUACAUCGCUCGCAAAGGGAGAGUCGAAGGAACUGGAGAGUGGCUCAUGGGUCAUGAGGUUUAUCAAACAUGGCAAAGACCGGAUACGUCAAAUCUUAUGUGGUUAAAUGGAAUACCGGGAGCUGGCAAGACAAAACUUUCAUCCAGGGUUGUCGACGAUCUUCUGGCAAGAUUGCCAAAGGAGGCCGAGGAGAACACUGGUUUCGCAUACUUCUAUUGCGAUCGCAAUCGACCCGACCAUAGUGAACCUGUGGCGAUCAUGCGAAGUAUUAUACGACAGCUGUGUGCACCCCGUGACAAUCGCAGCAUCGAGUCCUGUGUCGAGCAUCAAUACUUAAGAAGGAAGGUGAAAGGCUUCUCCAGUGACAGGCUUGUCGCGGAAGAGUGCAAACAGUUACUUAUGCAACUUGUUGCUGGAUAUAAGAGUGUUUACAUCGUGGUAGACGGUUUAGACGAAUGCGACCGUGGAACAAGACAUAUGCUCAUGGAUCUAUUGGAUGAAUUUAUCAUCAAGUUUCAACGAACUGUCAAAGUCUAUAUCGCCAGUCGUACUGAUCAGGAUCUGAGAAAACGAUACAACGAUGGAACCCAUCUUGAGGUAACCGCCAAUGACAAUCAAGCAGAUAUCGAGAAGUUCGUGUUGAGCAAAAUGGAUCAGAGCGAAUUCUGCCGGACCAAGUUAUCUCGAAAGCUUCGCGAUAAAAUCCUAAGCACAUUUCAAGAGAAAAGCCAGGGCAUGUUCCAGUGGGCGACACUUCACAUCGGCGAGUUGAUACAGCUGGAAAGAAACGCGGACAUUGCCAAGUAUCUAGAUGGAUUACCCAAGGGACUUGAAGCUGCUUAUGACAAGAUCUAUGGUCAGAUUUCGGACCUGACUGGCAGCAAAAAAAGUAUUGCAUUUGCUGCUUUCCAGAUUGUCAUGGUAUCCCAGCGACCCCUGCAUCCAUUCGAGCUUGCCAUUGCCGCUGCUCAACAUUCGGAUCGUAACUUCAUCCUGGAUCAAGAUGUUGAUAUCGAAUACGUUCUCGAAGCCUGUCAGAAUUUACUUGUCGUUGCAGAUGGAUCUCAAGAACGAGAUGUCACCGCAGUGCCAACAGCGGAUCCAGACCUCCAAGGCUACCUGAAACAAGAGGUCAAAGCGACUCACACGUCUGGCUCAAUGGCUAACACAGACGUCCUGGAUGACCCCAAUCGUAUCUACGCUACUGGAAAAAGCGCCCUUCGACCAUAUACAACGCCGGUACUCGGAUGUGUCAUGCUUGGCAUUCAUGAAGUACUCGAUGAAUGGUUGAGCAAGAGUGAGGUAGAUCCCAAUGGUCGAAAUAUCCAAGGCGACAGUUUGCUCGAUCUAGCAGUUCGCAGCUUCAAUACGGACGUUUCUCAUGAAGCGGUCAAGACCGGGAACGCUGAUAUAGUCAAGGCCAUUAUCGAUGGCGCAAAAUCCGCUUCUUAUCAUGGUCAGCCACUACGACUUGAAAAAGCCUUGAACGAAGCAGCACAAGCAUGCAGGCCGGAUCUGGCAGCAAUUCUCUUGUCCUACGGUGACAACCAGGACGGACAACGCCAAGUCAUGAUUCAUAACGCUCUCAAUCAUGUACCAGCAAACGACUCUGGAAUUGGCAUCAUGAAAGUUCUCAUGGGUCUUUUGAAGGAUCGGAACCAUAAAUUACUCCAUUCAGCUGUGAAGGAUGGUAAUUGGACUUUUGUCGAGGCACUUACCGAAAUGGGAGUGGACGUCACCAUGAAGACAAAGAUAUUCGGUUCCGAAACCACGGAUCAUGAACAAGACGGAGACCAAGACGAAAAUGCAAAUGACACAUCGCGUGUUGAAGCUAUUCGCUACUUGCUCCAGCAUGGUGCCCACACUGAUACCAUCGACAAAAAUGGGAUGACUUUGCUCGGUAUCGCCUGUGCGCAUGCAUUCGUUACACCCGAGGUCAUCGAGAUGUUACUCGAGCACGGUGCCAAUGUCAACGCAACGCAAGGUCAUGGUGAAGUUUCAAUGAGUCCUUUGGACAUUCUGUACUUGCAUUACAAACCGUCAGCAACAGAAAUACUACCAUCAGAAGACGACAACCUGGCAGCCGGCAGACUUUAUCAAAGGGAGCCGGUCAAGAAUAUUACUGGGUCCGCAAAAAGAAGAAGACAGAAGAGGAAUCAGCAGAGACGGAGGAAGUGGAGAGUCUUGUCCCAAGUAUAUCCUUAA